AUGAUAGAGAUCCAAAUACCGAUGGCUUAUGAUCCUGUGAAUCCCUUAUCUUUUGUAUCACCAUCUGAAUGUGGAAGCAGAUUAUUUUCAAGGUUUUGCAUUGCAAAUGUAGUUGGAAAACCAGAUAUUCUUAUAUGUCAAGAGGAUCUUAAAAGGGAAAUGGGGAGAUCCUUUGUUCGAGCAGUAUACCAUGAAUCAAUUGCUUCAGAUGCCUGUAUCUGCUAG